AGCGCGCGGCAGCUGUGACCGGAAGUAGCGGAAGUGCUAGCUGCAGUAGCCGCUCGCUGACGCUGAGUCCUUCCGCCGCCGCUUGACCGCAGAAAGUGAGUCUCGUGACGGAUUCACGGCGACCGUUCUCGCGCCUGUCCCCGAAGAUGAGCUGCACCGUCCAGCUGCUGACCUCCCGCCUCAGCGUCAGUCGCCGCUGUCUCCUGUCGCCGCGGCGCUCGCCGGCGCUCCGGUGGCUCAGCGGUGGUCAUCAGAGGAGCCGCAGCCUGAAGGAGAGCUACCGCCUCCUGCAGCUGCCCGAGGAGGGCAACACCCCCGCUCAGGUGAGGCAGGCCUACCUGCGCCUCGCCAAGCUCUACCACCCAGACUCCGGCUCCGCCACGGCCGACGGCGUGCUGUUCGCGCAGGUGGAGGAGGCGUACCGGGCCGUGCUGACCCAUCAGAGCAAGGUCAGACAGAAGGAGGCGGAGGAGGAAGAGGAGGACGAAGGUAAGUCCAGAGGAGCGGCGCUUCAGCACAGACACUACCUCAGCUUCGACGGCGUGGGCUCGGGCACCCCCAGCCAGCGGGAGCGUCAGUACCGGCAGGUCCGCGUUGACCGAGCGGCCGAGCAGGUUCUGAGCUACCGGCAGAGGGAGCACGAGAGGGCGGCGGCGGGCGGCGGCGCGCUGGUGGAGCGGGACACGCGGCAGCGCAGCCGUAAGAUCAAGAUCACCCAGGCGGUGGAGCGGCUGGUGGAAGACCUGAUCCAGGAGUCCAUGGCCCGCGGAGACUUCCGGAACCUGAGCGGCGCCGGGAAACCGCUCAGUAAGUUUGCACACAACCCGUACGCCGACCCUAUGACCCACAACCUCAACCGCAUCCUCAUCGACAACGGCUACCAGCCGCCGUGGGUCGUCACACAGCGGGACAUCCGCGAGAGCGCCGCCCGGAUCCGAGCCCACCUGCUGGAGGGGCGGGCCCGGCUCGGCGAGCAGAUGACCCCCGCCGAGCAGACGCAGUGGGAGCAGCUGUGUGCGUCUGCGCAGGAGCAGCUGCUGCAGCUGAACAAGCUGGUGGACAACUACAACCUCAUCGUGCCCAUGCUCAACAUGCAGAUGGUCCACUUCAGCCUGACCCGAGAGCUGGAGCGGGCCGCCAAAGGAGCGCAGCAGCGCCGGCUGGAGCGGCAGGAGGAGGCGGAGAAGGAGCGGCAGAGGAGGAAGGAGGAGAAGAAAAGAGCCAACGCCGCCGUGAGGAUCAAAGCCAGCAGAAAACAGGGACUCCUGGCGUGGGUCAAGAGUUUGGUUUCACACUGACAUGGAAACCCAGAACCCCAGAGUCGGUUCUGGUUCUGAUCAGAACUCCAGGAUGACAGGAGUAACAAAAACACAAACGAAUAACAGCAGAAUAACACUGAGAUCUAUUUAAUGUAAAUAAAUCAUUUUUCUUGGAAAUCGGA